AUGUGCGCCUUCCUUGGCCAAGCCCCGCAGUCUCCACCCUCCUCCGCCCCCUCCUCCCGGCGGCGGGGUCCCGGGGAGCGCCGGCGACGGGACGAAGCGAGUGUGGUCCGGGCACCGGAGUCCCCGCCUCUCCGGGCCCCCCUCGCACCCGGCCCGCCCCGGCCCGCUCCCGGGGCACUGCCUUACUCCGGGCCCGGGGCGCCCGCGCCGCGCCGCGUCCGCGAACCGGUGACCUGGUUUCCCCUCCAACCCUCGCGGCGGUCCUACUCGCGCGGCGGCGGCGGCCAAGAGCAAGCAAACCCGGCUCCGCCAGGGGCGCAGCGAGGAAAUGGCCUCCCAGACGCUCGCGCCGCCGCCGCCGCCGCCGCCGCCGCCGCCGCCGCCCAGGGGCCGCCAGGAUGGCACCCGACGCCCCCCGCCAGGCUCCGGGGAGGGGGGGGGGCGCUCAGAAGUGUCCGCCGCUGGGCGCUCGCGGACCCCUACCUCGCGGACCCCUACCCCGCAGCCCACGCGCGCACCGCCCCAGGCCGGCCGCCUCCGCACCUGCCUCCCCAGAGCUUUCCAGAUUUCCAGCCGGUGACGUGUGAUUUUAUUCCAGCUUCUUGCGAGCAUCCCACGGAAGAGGGCGAGGAGCCACCACUCUGGCUAGCAGCCUUAACAGCCACAACUGUCCAGAAAUUCGGGAACUGUUGCCUGCGCCUGGACGCACGGUGUUUCAGGGAAGUUCCUGGGCUCUGCUCCAAUGCUGCCCCGGGAUGUUUUGGUUGCUUUGGAGGAAAGCUGUGGAGUCUGCACCGUUUGUUCCAAAUAGGCGGCCCCCUGGUGGCUAACUGUGGGUGAAAAAUCAGGCCACUGAGGAAAAAGCUUGGCUUUGACAGGCCACUACAGUUGACAGCCGGGUCUGCGCAGGGGCUAUUGAGACAUGCGAACGACUUUGUAAUGGGGGGGUGGGGAAGGGUGGAGUGGGCGGGGCAUGAUGCGAGUCUUCCUUCACAAAGGUGAAUAAUAGGCCCCGAAGCCUAAUGGGACUUUGAAUUUUUUUUUUCCUCUUCCUGAGUGUAACUUGGAGCUAGAUUCCAUCUUAAGAAGGAAAACAUCACACGGAGAAUGAAGUAUAACAAACACUGUUGCUCCCCUUUGUUCAAAUGGCUUUGCUUUUCUGAUCUCAUUUUGCCUGGAAACUUUUGAAAUAAAAAGUAAAUUACAACAUUAAAUAAAUAACAUGGCAUUAUUCAAACAA